AUGGCUGCUGGAUCUCGCAUCCUUGUUACUUGUGAUGGGGCUUGGCGUGGAACAAAACUUAUCGAUUUAAUGAAGGUUGCAAAUGAGGCUAUGGAGAUAUGCGAAUCGAAGUCUCAACCGCUUGAGCAUUGUAUUGUUUUGCGUCACUUAAUGCCGGAGAAGAAAGCUGGGGCACCCGUACCAGUUUCCGACUGUCCCGGUAUUCGUCCCGUUCGAAACUUCUCCGUGCGCAUGCGUGCAGAUCGUGAUGUCUGGUGGGAUGAGGCAGUUCCUCCCGUCGAAACCGAUUGUCCAGUUGAAUGGAUGGAUGCCGAAGAUGGUCUCUUCAUUCUCUAUUCCAGUGGGAGCACAGGUCGACCGAAGGGUCUCCUGCACACCACUGGCGGCUACAUGGUCUACGCAGCAACCACUGCCAAGUAUGUGUUUGACCUUCAUCCUGAUGAUGUGUACUGGUGUACUGCAGACAUCGGAUGGAUCACUGGUCACAGCUAUCUCAUUUACGGACCUCUCCUGAACGGAAUUACCAGCGUGAUUUUUGAAGGACUCCCAAACUGGCCAGACUACGGCCGUUACUGGUCCAUAGUGGAGCGGUAUCGUGUAACCAAGUUCUACACCGCACCCACUGUCAUCCGCAUGCUCAUUGGGGCGGGUGAAGAGCAUGUCAAGAAGUACGAUCGUUCGAGUCUCAAAAUUCUCGGUUCUGUGGGCGAGCCGAUCAACCCUUCGGCAUGGAAGUGGUACUAUGAGGUGGUGGGUGACAGUCGCUGUGCCAUUGUGGACACUUUCUGGCAGACGGAAACAGGUGGUCAUAUGAUUACAACGCUGCCAGGUGCGAUACCCAUGCGAUCAGGUUGUGCGGGUCGGCCCUUCUUUGGAGUGGAUGCUCGAAUCAUCAAAAAUGAAUUUGACACCAGUGAUGAAGGUGGUCCUACGAAAAAGCUGUCCGAUGAUAAGUGCGUGGAGGAGGGUUAUCUUGUGUUCGCCGCUCCAUGGCCAGGCAUCGCGCGCACAAUCUACGGUGAUCAUAAGCGGUUCGAAGAUGUUUACUUCAAACGCUUUCCGGGCUAUUUCAUGAGCGGCGACGGAGCUGUUUUGGAUUCAGAAAAUAAUUUCUGGAUUACAGGACGUAUGGACGAUAUGCUGAACAUGAGUGGUCACCUUUUGAGCACGGUUGAAGUCGAAUCCGCUUUGGGUUCGCAUCCUUUGGUUGCCGAAGCAGCAGCCGUUGCAAGACACCACAAAGUGAAGGGCGAGUGCCUCCACUGUUUCGUCACGUUAAAGGACAGCGUUCCUCAAGUAAUUACUCCUGAACUGCGCCAAGAACUCGUCAAUCUUGUGAGAACGAAGAUAGCUCCCUUUGCUGCACCAGAUUAUAUUCAGGCUGCUCCGGCCUUGCCUAAGACUCGCAGUGGGAAGAUUAUUCGUCGAAUUUUACGCAAGAUUGCCAACGGAGAUCGCGAAUUCGGUGACACCUCGACUCUGGCCGACCCGAGUUGUCUCGACUAUCUUUGUGCAGAAGUCGAAAAAACGCGCUAG